ACGAAUUGAUUGAUUAGCCAUUUGGGCUUUAAGUUAGGCGCGUUAAAUCACUUUAGCUGCAUCUGGUACGUUUUUCUUUCCCUCCGAUCUCCGAUUGUCUGCAUGAUAUCGUGAUAAGUUGCUUCCCUGAAGGCUUAUAAUGGCGAAGUCCAAGAAUCACACGGCUCACAACCAGUCUCACAAGGCUCACAAGAACGGCAUCAAGAAGCCUAGGAGACAGAGGCAGUCAUCCACUAAAGGGAUGGAUCCCAAGUUCCUGAGGAAUCAGAGGCAUGCGAGGAAACACGGUAAGAAGAGUGGUAACUCAGAAUCUGAAGCUGAGGAGUAGGUGAAGCGAUAUCGAAAAGGCACCAGUCAUUAUUAUCUUUAUAUUCCAAGACUAGAAUUGUAAUCAUUUUUGCUGCUGCUAAAAUGUUUCUCAGUGAAUAUUUACUUUUUGUGAUUCAGUAAUCUUUUAGUUCUAGCA